AUGGCUGAGUCUCAGCAGAGCCAGGAGGCCAGAGCAGGGGCACUCACUGCCCCAAAGCUGAGUGCUGGUUUUGUGGAUGACUGUGAUCACAGACAGCACAAGAAAUACCAGGUCUUAAGUCUGGAGUAUCUGGAAGAUCUGCACAGGGAAAAGAACCUGAGUAUCCCCAGAAAUACGCAUUGCCUGAGGCACAUGAAGGUCCUCUUGGAUCAGAAUGACAUACUGGACAUACAUGAAGAACUGGGGGAGCUGAAAUGUCUUCUGAGCUUAGAUUUAAGUAACAAGCCCCUCUCUUUUAGUUUGCUUCCAGUUAUCUGCAAGUUGAAGUCCCUUUGUCAGCUCAGGCUCUAUAAAACAAACUUGCAGCAAAUCCCAGUGCAGAUCUGGGAAUACUUCCAUCAUGUUGAACUGCUUGGCCUUUCUGACAAUAAUCUCAAGUGUCUGCCUAAAGAAAUAGUGAACCUGAUAAAACCCAAGGAAAUUUUCCUCCAGAAAAUAGAUGCAAAAGUUUUCAAGGACCUUUGUCAUAUUGCUGAUUUAGAAAUAAUAGAUCUGGAACUAAAUUGAAUCAGUCUGACCCCAGAAGAGGGAGGCUUUUUGACAAAUUUAGUUAAGCUAUUUUUAGCUUUUAAUAACUUAUCCUCCAUUCCUCCUACACUGCAACACUGCCAGAAGCUGGGUAUGCUGGAUCUGUCCAAUCUCCUGCACAAGCUUCCCCCAGAGGUGAAAGAACUGAGAAAUUUUUUUAAAUGCCUUAACCUUUCUGAAAACCAAUUCAAUCUCUUUCUGAAGCAAAUCUUUCUCCAGGAGUCAUUAGAGAGAUGACACCCAGGACAAAGUAAAGGAAUUAAAUUCACCAGUCUGCCAGAAGAUAUCAGCAAAUUGCAGAAUCUCAAAGAACCGCAUAUGGAGAAUAAUUGUUUGAACUACCUGCCCACAGCCAUCGGCUCAUUGACCCAGUUGAAAAUACCUGACUGUCCUAACAAUCUCCUUCAACAGCUCCCAGACUCUCUGUGCGUGAAUUGUUUGUGCCUCAUCCACGUGCUGUUUACAGGGAGAAUGCAGGAAUGUUCCACAUCAUUCCUGUUCUUUGUGCUGCAGCUGUUCACUUUUGUGUGUUCAGGUUUGCAAAAACUGCUUGUUCAGAACAAUCUCCCAUCCCAGCUGUCUGAGGAUUUGCAGAGUCUUCAGCAGCUGGAGCUGGUCCUCAGGGAUGGGAACGUUAUGACAGACCCUCCAAUUGAAGUCAGGAGACCUGCCAUCUGGGAAUACUUACAGGAAAAAAAGGCAUUAAAAGGCCAUGAACUUAAAGGUAGGGGUGUUAAGAAAGCCACCACAAUAUACAUACAAAGCUGUGUUUUUAGGAAUAGCUACGUUGCAGAACAACCUACAGGACACUCGGUGCAAUGUAAAAAACAUGUUAAAACAGUGUUUGUAUCAGCCAUGGUAGAGCAGUACUUCUAUCACUAA